AUGGCCAAACGACGGGUCAAGAAGCGAACACAUGUUGGCGCACAGAUUGCUACUGGCGUCAAGACCGGACAUGCGGCCUCGAAACCCGGCACACGCGCACCCAAGAGCAUGGUCAUUCGGGUUGGAGCCAGCGAGGUCGGUCCCAGCGUCACGCAAUUGGUGAAGGAUGUCCGUGGUAUGAUGGAGCCAGACACGGCAUCUCGAUUGAAAGAGCGACGGAGCAACAAGUUGCGCGACUACACCACCAUGGCCGGUCCGCUCGGCGUUACUCAUCUCAUGCUGUUCAGUCGCAGCAGCACCGGCAACACAAAUUUGCGGUUGGCAUUGACACCCCGUGGUCCGACAUUACAUUUCCGCGUGGAGAAGUACAGCUUGUGCAAGGACAUCUUCCAAAGCAUGAAAAGGCCAAAGAGCGGCGGCACGGAGUACUUGACGGCGCCUUUACUGGUUAUGAACAACUUCAACUCCAAGGACGACGACGAUGCCACGAACAACACCAAGAUACCGAAACAUCUCGAAUCGCUGGCGACGAGCGUCUUCCAAUCCCUUUUUCCACCCAUCAAUCCGGCCGCAACUCCUUUGAACAGCAUCAAGCGUGUAUUGCUGCUCGAUCGCGAGCCACAGGACCCCAAUUCCGACUCUGCAACAUACAUCUUGAACCUACGCCACUACGCAAUCGAAACUCGUACGGCCAAGUCUGUACCUAAACCACUCCGCAGAUUGGACGCAGCCGAGAAAAGUGCACAUGCUGGGCAAAAACGCAAAAGAGGAGCGCUUCCCAAUCUUGGAAAGCUCAAUGAUGUCUCCGACUAUCUCCUCGAUCCUCACGCCGCGGACGGGUUCACAUCCGGGUCCGAAUCAGAGCCAGACACCGACGCUGAAAUCGAGAUCGAGAUGACCAACGCGCGAAAGGUGCAGAGAAACAGAUCACAAAAGGAAGGCUCAGAUCGGAAAGAGCGAGUAAAUGUUCAAAAGAAGGCCGUAAAGAUGCAUGAGCUUGGUCCGAGGAUGAGGUUGAGAUUGACAAAGGUCGAGGAAGGCGUGUGCAAUGGGAAGAUCAUGUGGCACGAGUACAUACACAAGACGAAGGAGGAGAUUAGCAAGAUGGAGAAAGUGCACGAGCAGAAGAGGCAGGUCAAGGAGAGGAGGAAGGCGGAGCAAAAGGCGAAUGUGGAACGGAAGAAGGCGGAGAAGAAGGCGAGUGGGAAGGAUGCUGCAAACGAGGAGGACGAGGACGAGGAUGUGGAGAUGCUGGAUAGCGACGACGAGUGGGACGAUGAAGGUCUCGAUAAUGAUGAUGGAGAGUGA